CCUCUCUCUCUCUCUCUCUCUCUCUAAAACCAACGCUGACAUGGGUGGUGCGACCGGAGACGUGGUGGCUGCAGCCCUACCGAUCCAAGAGCAUUGGCUGCCGCUCUCUAACCUUGACCUCCUCUUGCCACCGCUCGACGUGAACGUUUGCUUGUUCUACAAGAAACCGCCUCACGACGUCACUAAGAAAGAAAGCUUCAUCUCCAUAGCCAAAACCCUAAAGGAGGCCUUGGCCGAGGCUCUCGUCACUUUCUACGCCUUCGCCGGCGAAGUAGUGACCAGUCCUGCCGGCGAACCCGAGCUCCUCUGCAACAACCGUGGAGUCGAUUUCGUCGAGGGCUUUGCUGACAUGGCACUCCGGGAGCUCAACUUCUAUGAUCCCGAUGAGAGUAUUGCUAUGUUUGUUCCCAAGAAGCGUCGUGGGGUCAUUUCCGUUCAGGUAACUGAGCUGAAGUGUGGGAGCAUAGCCGUGGGGUUGACAUUUGAUCAUCGCGUGGCGGAUGCUUACUCGACGAACAUGUUUCUCGUGUCCUGGUCUCAGAUUUCUCGAUCUGAACCGAUCUCUUUGGUCCCAUCUUUCCGGAGAUCGCUGCUUAACCCUAGACGACCUUUGCUCGUCGACUCCUCGAUAGAUCGACUCUUCAUUCCCCUUACUUCCCUGCCUCCUCCUCAAGAAACUUGCGACCAAGAUCACGCUCUUACGAGCCGUAUUUAUUACAUCGAAUCCGAUGUGUUGGACGAUCUCCAGAGAAUGGCCAGUUCGGGCAGUUGUACUAGGAGGACUAAGAUCGAAUCCUUCAGUGCUUUUCUAUGGAAACUCCUGGCGAAACACGCAGGAAACGAUCAGAGCACGAUCAUAUCGAAACUUGGAGUGGUUGUCGAUGGAAGGAGAAGACUUGCGGGCCAAGAAACUGGUGAGAAAGAAAAUGUGAUGGAGACAUAUUUCGGGAAUGUUCUCUCGGUUCCGUUUGGCGGGCAGAGAAUCAGCGACUUGAUCGAAAAGCCACUGUCUUGGGUCGCGGAUGAGGUUCACGAGUUCUUGAAAGAAGCGACGACGAAAGACCAUUUCUUGAAUCUGAUCGAUUGGGUCGAAACUCACCGACCGGUACCCGCGGUGGCUGCCGUCUACUGCACCGGUCCGAAUGAGGGGCCGGCGUUUGUGGUCUCCUCCGGGAGAGGUUUUCCCGUGACCGGAGUGGAUUUCGGGUGGGGCCCACCGGUUUUCGGAUCGUACCAUUUCCCGUGGGGCGGUCGGACCGGCUACGUCAUGCCGACGCCGAGCCCGACCGGGAACGGAGACUGGAUCGUUUACUUGCAUCUCAAGAAAGGACAGUUGAAGUUCGUCGAGGAAGAGGCUCCUCACGUGUUUAAGCCCAUUAACAGUGAUUAUCUCAACAUAAACUCCGCCGAUUAAUUAAAGAUUACUUAAUAAUAUUUUACCAAAAAAAAAAAGAUUACUUAAUAAUUUGAAGUGUUUCAUUACAGCAUUAAAACACGCGUGUUCUCUCUUGUUUUUUUUUUUGCCCUCGUAUUGUGUACCAUUUCUAUUUCUCUUCAGGCUGAUUGUUUCUU